AUGAACCCGGACAUUCUCCAGCCACUCGUGAAGAUCGCGGCGCUGCUCAUCACGGGUUAUUCUGUGCACCGCUCGCUCUCACCCCCAAAUCCACCACCAGCGCCGAAGACGUGCAUCGACAAACGCACUCUAUUCGAGCGCGCGAUCCGCUAUGUCACGUACUGCAGCAAGAUGAUGACAUGGAUCGCAGUCGUGGGCGACGCGCUCGCGACCGCGUCCGUCGCGUUCCCCUCCCCGCUCUCCCGCCCGCUCGGCGCGCUCCUCCUCCCCCCUGCGCUCGGGCUGCCCCAAAACUUCGCAUCUGCCGCCGCGAACGCGUCCGCACUCCCUCCACUCCUCCCCCCGUCGGCCGUGCUGCUCACCCCCAGCGCGCUGCUGCUGCUCGGGGCGGCAGCGACGGCAGCGGGCGCGGUGCUGCGCGUCGCGUGCUUCGCCGCGCUCGGUGCGCUCUUCACGUUCGAGCUCACGAUCGACCCCGCGCACCGGCUGGUGACGCACGGGCCGUACGCGUGGGUGCGCCACCCGAGCUACUCGGGCGUGUUCGCGACGCUGCUCGGCGCGAGCGCGGCGAUGCUCGCGCCGGGGGCGUGGCUGCGCGAGGCGUGGCUCGCGCCGGGGCUCGCGGGCGUGCUCGGGCACGGCGCGGGGGCGGGGGCGGGGUGGGCGCGGCCGCUGCUGGCGUGGGCGUUCGCGCUGUUCUGGGCGACGAAGGUGUUCUACGCGCUGAAGAGCACGGCGCGGCGGGUGACGACGGAGGACGUGGAGCUCCGGAGGGUGUUCGGGGCGCAGUGGGAGGAGUGGGCGGCGCGCGUGCGGUGGCGGUUGUGUCCGGGCGUGUACUAG